AGCAGCUCAGUGAAGAUCAGUGCCCAACCAGGAGUAUACUGGAGCUAGCUGGUGAGUGAUCAAGGCACAGUGCUACAUAGAUAGAAGAAGGAGGAACUAAGAGCUACUAAGUGAUCAAGCCAGUACUGGAUACAAGAGCGAGAUGAAGAAGGCCGGGAGGAACGAGAGCGGUAAGAAGGCUAUGAGCAGAGGAGGAGGAGCGGCCGUCGCGUGUCUUCUGCUGCUUCCUCUCUUGGUCCUCGCCGUGCUCAAGACAGACUUCAUGCCGCAGCAGCUUAUUCACGUUGGAGAGGCCAGCAUUGCCCAAGAUGGAGAUGAAUCAUCGGUCCCAGGGGGUGUAGAGGGUGCAAUAUGGCAGCCGCGGCAACAACAACUUGUAGCCAAGUCGAAAGCUGCGCAUGAUCCGGUCGUCGAAGCACCCACUUCGCCGAACGUCGUCCGUGCCAACAGAGGUGGUGGGAGGAUGGGCAUGAUUGAUCACAAAAUUAAGAAGGGGUUCCUAGCCAUGAACGGGGGAAUGGAUGGUGCUUUGAUAAAAUCAGAUGGUGAUGUCGUAGCGGCACCAACAAGGAGCAAGUUAAGUUGCAACUUGAGCAGUUAUCGCACCAACAUGUGUGCCAUGCAAGGUGACGUCCGUGUGCACGGCAAAGCCGCCACCGUGUACGUCGUCUCGGCGUCCGACGACAACCGGCCAGACAAUGGGACGAUCACGAUCCGCCCGUACCCGCGCAAAUGGGAGACGCCGACGAUGCAGCUGGUCCGUGAGGUGACCAUCCGCUGGAGAGCACCACCGGGACCGGGUGCGCCGCGGUGCACGGUGACCUACGACGUCCCGGCGGUGGUCUUCUCCACCGGUGGCUACGGCGUCAACAUCUUCCACGCCAUCACCGACAUCAUCAUCCCUCUCUACAACACGGCACGGGAGUACGAUGGCCGCGUCCGGCUUAUAGCCACUAACUACGACCGCAAAUGGAUCGCCAAGUAUCGGCACGCCCUCUCCCUCAUCUCCAUCUACCCUAUCAUCGACUUGGACGCCGACAACGAGGUGCGCUGCUUCCCGUCGGCGCACGUCGGAACCGAGAGCCACAAGGAGCUAGGGAUUGACUCGGCUCUCUCCGGCAAGGGCUACACGAUGAUGGGGUUCCGGGGCCUAAUCCGGUCGGCUUACUCUCUGAAGCGUGAGUGGGUGACCCCCAUAAACCAUGGCAGCAAGCCUCGACUCGUGAUGGUGCUGCGGAGGAACUCGAGGGCGCUGACGAACGAGGCGCAAGUUGUGGCAGCUGCCGCGGAGGUUGGCUUCGAGGUGGUAGCUGCGGGGCCGGAGGUGGUGCGUGACCUGGGCAAGUUCGCGGAGACGGUGAACUCGUGCGACGUGUUGGUGGGCGUGCAUGGUGCGGGGCUCACCAACAUGGUGUUCCUCCCGCGCAACGGCACGGUGCUGCAGAUCGUCCCUUGGGGCGAGAUGAAGUGGCCGGCCUGGACCUCCUACGGCGAGCCCGUGGCUCCCAUGGGUCUUCGGUACGCCGAGUACGAGGUCACCGCCGAGGAGACCACGCUCAAGGACGUGUACCCGAGGAACCACACCGUCUUCACCGAUCCCGUCUCCAUACACAAACAGGGAUUCAACAUGCUGUGGGAGACGUUUCUCAACGGCCAGAACCUCACCCUCGACGUUCACCGCUUCACAGGGGUCCUGCAGCACAUCUACCAAUCCCUUUUACCAUCACAUAAUUAAGUAGAUUACAUCUCAGUUUUUCUUUCUUUUUUCUUUUUUCAAAUGGAACACAUGGAUUUCAUA